UCGACUGGAGGAGCUGCUGUGACGUAGCCGUCAACCAACACAUAUAGACACCGGCUGCCGCUGAGCCUGCUCCAGUCUCAAUGUUGGGGGGAAAUGACCGCGAGUGACCUCAAAGGAAACACUGUAUUUUAGCGACCACUCAACAUUUGCAUUUUUGUUUUGAUUUCCAUCAAACGUCAAAGCUUUUUAACUUGACAUUUUGGCGUUAGACACGUAAAAUAAGGAAAAAAAUAAUUAGCUCUAACGUGAAGUCGGGUGGCAAUCCCUCGAUUUGAAAAAGCAGCGGUGCUAACACAAGCUAAGCUAAGCUCAAGCAGGGCAAAGUCGGUGCUGCAGAUGCUAAGGCUAAGCUAGGCUAGCUUCUGUCAUGGAUAAAGCCAAGUCGAUGAUGGACAAGAAAGGAGCGACGGGACCUUUCCAUGUUAACAACGGGCAAAGCCAGCGGGGUUUUCACGGACACGUCGCGGUAGCCACUAAUGGUAGUUGUUGCAGCAGCAGUAGUAAUAAUGCGUUAGGUUCGAGCACCGGAGCGAACAGCGGACCCUUUGAGAACAUGCAUCUGCUGCACCGCGGGGACGAUGCGGAGUGCCACGGCUCCCCGGCGAAGAGGUGCAGGCUACGGCGGAGGACGGAGUCGGUCAGACGGCACAGACCACCUUUCCCCUGGUUUGGUAUGGACAUCGGUGGCACGUUAGUGAAGUUGGUGUACUUUGAGCCAGUUGACAUAACAGCAGAGGAAGAGCAGGAAGAAGUGGAAAACCUCAAGUCCAUCCGCCGCUACCUCACCUCAAACGUGGCCUAUGGCAAAACAGGAGUCCGUGAUGUCCACCUGGAGCUGAGGAACCUGACCAUGUGCGGCAGGACGGGAAACCUACACUUCAUCCGCUUCCCGACUCAGGCCAUGCCUCGUUUUAUCCAGAUGGGUCGCGACAAGAACUUCUCCAGCCUUCACACAACUCUCUGUGCCACUGGAGGUGGCGCAUACAAAUUUGAGAACGACUUCAGAACAAUGGCCGACCUGGAGCUGCUGAAGCUUGACGAGCUGGACUGCCUGAUCCGCGGCCUGCUGUUUGUCGACCGGGUGAGCUUCAAUGGACACCAAGAGUGCUACUACUUCCAGAACCCAUCAGACACCCAGAGCUGUGUGAAGAAGCCCUGCACCCUGGACAACCCCUUCCCCAUGCUGCUGGUCAACAUCGGCUCUGGGGUCUCCAUACUGGCCGUGUACUCAGAGAACAAUUACAAACGUGUGACUGGGACCAGUCUGGGAGGUGGCACAUUCCUGGGCCUUUGCUGUCUGCUGACCGGCUGCGAGACGUUUGAGGAGGCGUUGGAAAUGGCCAGCAAAGGCGACUCUACCAACGUGGACAAACUGGUGAAAGAUAUCUACGGAGGGGACUACGAGCGCUUUGGCCUGCAGGGCUCCGCCGUUGCAUCAAGUUUUGGUCACAUGAUGAGCAAAGAGAAGCGAGACAGCAUCAGUAAAGAAGACCUGGCCAGAGCCACACUGGUCACCAUCACUAAUAACAUAGGAUCCAUAGCAAGGAUGUGUGCGGUCAAUGAGAAAAUCGAGCGUGUGGUGUUUGUGGGGAACUUCCUUCGUAUCAACACGGUGUCCACAAAGCUGCUAGCCUAUGCCAUGGACUUCUGGUCUAAAGGACAACUGAGGGCCCUCUUCCUGGAACACGAGGGGUAUUUUGGAGCUGUUGGGGCGCUGAUGGAGCUGCUCAAGACCUCUGAGGAUCCAUGAAGUCAUGGCAUGUCAUGACAUCAUCAACUCUAACAAAGACGAUGUCAUUCAACCCCUGUACGCUGUGAUGUCAUCAACUUUCGACGCUGCUGAGUGGUCCCGUUCAAACAGGGCCACUAAAGGAACACUAAGAGAUGAACACAGAAACUGAGAAAAGCCAUUUAAUAAUUUAACUCUUGUAAAUAGUUAAUAACCUCUUAACACUCAUCUCCUAAAUUUCCUAAAUUUCCCAGAGUCCCCCCUAUUAUAGAGGUUUAAUAUUUUAAUCUUUAAUUUAUGGUUUCCUGUAAUUACCUCUGUUGUUUCCUGUAACCGGGCCGGGGGUCAGGAGGUACAGAGGGUUUUAGUGGGUUUUUUUGUUUUGUUUUGUUUUGUUUUGUUACUUUGUGUGAAAAGCUACUGUAGCAUUAUGGAGGCUGGGAUGCCUUGGUGACUAUUUGUGCAACAAUAUUAGGACAGGAUGUCUGCACAGAGAAGAAUUUGUCUUUUUUACCACAUAGUGGUCACCCAGCAUCAAGCUGCAGCUGAAAAACAGUAAAACGAAAAGGUUUAUAUGUUUGGAAGGCAUUUUGUUGCACAAAAAGUAGGCCACCACGCUGCAGUUUUACAGAGUGCACUGAAGCCAAAUCCUGUCGUGGUUCGUACAAAUUCCGCCUCCUUCAGAUCAGACAGUAGGCAGAAAACUUUCUCUUUUUUUUUUUUGACUCUUUAGUUGCUCAGCUGCACAUUGGCCUUUUUGCUUUUUGUUUGUGUCUCCUCCGUUUGCCAACAUGAAAACAACAUUAACAACAUAUAUACAUACCAAGCUGACCUGCUGAGUUUAGUUUAAGAUUAAGGGACCAAGUCUUCCAACAGAAAGCUUUGUCUGCAUUGUCUAUUUCUGUUGACGGGCAUCACCACACUUCAGUACAGUCUGGUCCGGGAGCUGGAGUCUCCCCCUUCCCUGUCUUAUCAGUGUGAAUUACACUUCAGCAGGUCAGAGGCCUUCUUUCCUCACCCUCUAGCUCCAUUUCCACCCUGCUGCCUUGUUUGGAUGAUGCAGUGUGAUUUCAUUCAUGUUAAGACCAUAUGACUCAUAGCAUUACAAAGGUUCAGCACUUGGGCUGUAGAUGCAAAUGUAGAACAUGGUAACACCUUUUGGGGGGGGGGCAAUAGGGACCAAGAUGGUUCAUUUAAGAUUGUAAUAACUCUUCUGUGUUGUUAUCAGCCUGUGUACCUGAGGGAGCAACGUACCCUCUGAUGAUCUCUGAUUAAAUGUGAUGUCACUCUGAAGCACAGAGCAGAGACUGACAACAACCUGCUGUAGUGAACUAGGAGGCUCAGGUCUGGAUGACAAAUAUAUAAGCAGGCAGUCAACAGAAUUAUUGUUUAGCAGAAUCAUUCAGAUUAUUUUUAACACAAUCUGAUCUCUAAAUCACACCCUCAUCAUAUAGUCACAUCCUCUGCAUUAUAUAACAUCCUGGACCUUUAGAGCCUUUCACCUCCGUUUAAUGUCAAGCAGCUGAACUAUGAAGCUGGGACAAUGAGGUGUCUCAAUUGCUUUCCUCUGCGCCACUGUCUACAUGCCUUUACUCUCCUGCAGAGAAACUGUGCUCUUCCCCUUUUUUUGAGUCACAUUUUGUCUUUUUCACUUCCAUCAUGCGGUCUUUUCACUCGAGACUACUUCCUUUUUAAAAAGUACCUCCAAAAUCACCUCUACCCAUACUUAAUAUUGGUUAGAUUUGUGGCUUCUGAGCCUGAUCUUUACGGGACCCAUAGUACAAUAACAAGGGUAAAAUGCUAAUCAGAUAGUUGAAUAUAAUGCAAGUCCUUUCAACUUCUUUGGGACAAAAUCUCCUCUUCACCAUCUAGUGAACCCUUGGACUUCAUGUUUACCCUGACAAUUAACAUGUUUGCUGAUCUGCAGUUCUUUUCAUUAGUUUAUUGUUAAAAAGAUAGAAAGGACAGUUGGAUUUAUGGCCAUGUCGUUCUUAAAACGUUUUAGAUGUAUUUAUCCACAGUGACUUACAUUUUACUAACAUUUUACAUAAAAGUUUUGCACCAUUUGAUGUAAUUAAAUUAGCAAAUUACAAACUAAAAGUUAAUGAGUCAUAGGGUUAGUUAAUAAUCCAAUCUUCAUGAUAGUACACAGUUCUAUUAGAAUGCAGACACUUUGGCCAGUGUGAAGAGUUAAACAUCUAGUUGAUGACAUCGAUGAUGGAUGUGUUCAAUACAGCUUGUUUUUAGUUGUGACUCUUCACACUGUUCUUUCCGAGUGCUUUUUUUCUUUUUUUAAUUUGCCUUGUUCCAACUCAUGUUUGGAUGAUGAGUGGCCUCCAGCCUUCAGAUGCCACUCGGUCACAAGCCCAUAAGUUGCCUUCACUGUGUGUUUGCCUGUUUACAUUGUGUUAGUGCCCUUCACUCUCCUGUAUGGAUUCAUUGUUCACCUGCUCAACUUCACCUCAAUGUUUUUGAAAAGUCAUGCUAGCAGAUACAUCUUUGUUUCACUCUUGCUUUAGGUGUUUUUCUUUUUUUAAAAUACUUAUUUUGGGAAAUACAGAGAAUUAGAAUUUUUUUUUUACCAUUUCUUUUUUUGUGUGGGGGUGGGAACAGUUUGAUAAAACACUAUGUCCUUUUAAUUGUUUUUAUCCUCAUUUGUUGGCCAGUAGAAAGCAUGUCAAAUGAGUUCAUCCUGUGGUUUUGAAAAUAUUGUACUGAAUUUAUUUUCAUGUUUUGAUUUGUGUUCGGUUGGCACAAAAGAACCAGUGUGAUUGUUUUCAGAAAUGUGAAUCCUUGCUUUCGUGCUCUUGUCAGGCUGAAGACGAUUUGCAGCAGUUGAGGUCGGGGACCAGAGUCUCACUGCAAGUUUGACCUUUUUACCACCUGACAACGCUAUCCCCGAAAACAAGUUAACACCCACAUAGUCGGAGUAUUUUUUUCAUGGAAGCCAGUUUGAAUAUUGUACAGCUGUUUAUCAUAAUGUCCAGUCCAACUGACAGCGCUAGAACUUUUUAACUAUUGUAAACAAAGGUGUGAAGACAUCUGCCUCUGAAAAGUGAUGAUGAGGUCUUUUUUUUUAGUGAAUCUGUAUGUCUCUUGUGGCAAUAGAUCUGCAAGUUAUCACCCUAAUUUUAAUAUUUAAAUAAUGUAAAUCUGUUCAGAACUGGAGUUAACUGACUUGAAAAGGUUUAAAUGUUAGUGUUGCAGCUUCAGUGUUUGACUGCACUCAUGACUGCACCCAUCAUUCAAAAGCAGUAUCUCAUCUUUCAGUGUCGUUGACAUUUUUAUUAUGGUUUGUCUUUCUAAAAAUGGGGUUUUUACACAUCCUUGACUACAGCCCAAACUCAGUAUGAAGUAAGAAUUUGGUAAUUUAACUGACGGAUUUGGAGUUUUGGAUUCCUUCCCCUUUCAUCAUUGGUACCUGUUUCUCUGUUUAAGACUGGCGCUUUGGCUAAAAGCAUGAAACCUUAUGGCAAAUGUUCUGCCAUCCACAAUGAACUUUAACCACCAGGCUAUGCAGUAACUCACCCAUGGAUCUCUGUCCCUUUUCAACAAACUCACCUCUUCUCUACAGCUCCCAGAGUGUAACUAGUUUGUCAGUGUUUUGAAAAGAAUAUGCAACUCUGAAAGUUUUACCCUCCAAGGAAUCCUGUUUGAAUCUUGAUGGAGAGAGUUUCUCCUCCCAACGUUUGUCCUGCUGAUUUAUUUGUUAACUCUUGUUUAAGGUGGAUGAUCACAACAGGAUGUUUAAGGCAAACUUAUGCACCAAAAUGAGCGUAUAAAGUGUGUUUUUCAGUCACACUAUGUAUAUACUGAGGCACUGCAGUGUCGCGUCAUUCAACAUACAGUCGCUUUAAUGUCAUCCAAACUGUGAUUACUGUCGGAUGAAUCCUGGUUGAUAAGAAAUACACUGAAGCUCUGUGACAAUUAUAAAAUGUUGAAUACCAGUCACGAGACCUCUUGACGUUGUGCUUGUCAAAUGGUUUUCAGGAUUUCCUCCGAGGUUCUCGGUGUGGUCAACCAUCCUAUUGUGUGAAACACAUCCAGCCAUUAAACUGUCUUCUGGACUGCUUAAAUGGCAGGGCAGACCUUUUCCUCCUUGUGUAUUUGAUUGUACAGAGAUUUUGUAAAUAUUAUUAUGAUAUAUUCUACACCAGCAAUCUGUCUGUUGAUGAAGUUGUUUCAACUGUUCAGAGCCAGGUUUCCCAAACACGGCUCGGCACUUCAAUUCAAAUGCAGGCAAAAGACGGAUCUAGACAAACCACUUUCCUCUGCAGCUUUAUGACAUCAACGACUUCUUUAUCAGAGCUCUAAUAGAUAGUGUUUGCUAAUACUUAUAGGAGUUUUGUUUAACCUGGUUGUUGUAAAUGGUGGAUGGGAUUUUCCUCAAAAAGACUUGAUAAAUGUUUCUUCUUUGAAUAACUGUCUUGCAUUAUUGUAAGCCUACAUGUGGUAAAUCCACUAAUCAGUAGUUUUACAUUUAUUAUCGCUUCAGUAUCAUUUUCUUAAAUCCAUUCAGGUCCCUUUAUCUUUGAUUAAGAAAUAAUCGUGCUAAAUAUGUCAUACUUACUCUGCAUGGUGAUAAGAACUAAUGGGGAAAUUUGGUGAGAUUGAAUUCGACCUCCUGUUUUAACUUUAAAGUGUUAUUGUGGUAAUGGUCUCAGUGGCCACAGUCCAGGUGUCGGUUUCUGUCUACACAAGUUUAGUGCCGGUUGCUCACAUCAGCUUCUCUGUGAUCCGGAUCCAGAUGUGAUAGGUUUGGGAAGCCCAGUGCAGGUUGUUGGUGUCAGCUCUGCUGCUGCUUUUAAAUCCGGUUUGAAAACAGAAGGGUUACAAAGAAAAAAUGACUAAGAAAUACUGUCUCCCUGCCUUGUGCAAUCUGUAUGUACUGAAGUGAUUUUUUUUUUUUUUCUAAAAGGAAUUAAACUAAAACUGGAUGUGUU